UGUGGCACACGCAGCAGCAGCAGCAGCAGCGGACGGAUACACAGCAGCAGGACGCAGGACGCAGGACGCAGGGGGACACUCGAGCCUCUUCACUCUUCGUUUCCCUCAUGCUCGUCUGCGCGUCGCUCCUUCUUGUGGUUCCUCCGCAUGUCUCGUCCAGGGCAAAGUGGACUUUUUACUGUACCCGUGUUUCCCUCCCGUCUUCAGGUUGAUCUGAAACACACCGAGGUUUAAAAUGAACGAAGGACCCGAGACCAACUUGACUCAACUCUACGACAACUGGACAUUUUACAACACCCCCGUGGAGUCGGCCGUCCACAGGAAAAACAUCACCUACGUUGGAUUUUACCUGCACCAGCCGUCCAUCGCAGCCAUCUUCAUCGUGUCCUACCUGCUCAUCUUCCUCGUGUGCAUGGUGGGGAAUGGAGUGGUGUGCUUCAUCGUGCUGAGGAGCAGGAACAUGCGGACUGUCACCAACUUGUUCAUUCUGAACCUGGCUGUGAGCGACCUGCUGGUGGGGAUCUUCUGCAUGCCCACAACUCUCCUCGACAACAUAAUUACAGGAUGGCCCUUCGGAAGCCUGGUCUGCAAGAUGAGUGGCAUGGUUCAGGGGAUCUCUGUGUCAGCAUCCGUCUUCACCCUGGUGGCCAUCGCUGUGGACAGGUUCCGAUGCAUCGUCUACCCGUUCAAGCAGAAGCUGACCAUAUCCACAGCCACCUUGAUAAUAGUCGUCAUCUGGGUUCUGGCCAUAUCCAUCAUGUGUCCCUCUGGGGUGAUGCUACAGGUGACCAGGGAGCAAACCAUCCGGGUGCUGCUGGGCUACGACAACAAGACCAGUCCGUUCUAUUGGUGCAGAGAGAACUGGCCCAACCAGGAGAUGAGGAAGAUUUACACCACCGUCCUGUUUGCAAACAUCUACCUUGCUCCUCUUUCCCUCAUCGUGAUCAUGUACGCCCGGAUCGGCAUCACGCUUUUCAAAACGGCGGUCACCUCGGAGGGGAAGCCGGGGCACAACAACCGCCACACCGUGUCCAAGAAAAAGCAGCGGGUGAUUAAAAUGCUUUUGAUAGUUGCUCUGCUCUUCAUCCUCUCCUGGCUGCCUCUGUGGACCCUCAUGAUGCUGAGCGACUACGCCAGCCUGACCGAGCAGCAGUACAGGAUCAUCAACAUUUACAUUUACCCCUUUGCCCACUGGCUGGCCUUCUUCAACAGCAGCGUCAAUCCGAUCAUCUACGGUUUCUUCAACGAGAAUUUCCGCAGCGGAUUUCAAGCUGUGUUCAAGUUCAGCCUGUGCACGGCGGACGGACAGCUGAGGAAGACCUACUCGCACAGGCUGCAGGGGAACUCUGUGCUCCCAGCCAACAACGCACAAUCCUCUCUGGAGCCUAUCUCGCUCAACAGCCUGGACAAGAGCACCUCCAGGCGGCUCAACCACAUCAACGAGCAGGACUUGGUCAUGGAGGAUCUGGAAAAGGCGUCUUGCAGCAGCGGGGGUGUGACUGCGGUGUCCAUUUGAGCAGACACAGACUGUCUUAAAAAAGGUGAGGAGCAAAGUCCCCUGAGUGGACGUCGACUGCAGGUCUCCACUCGAAAGGUUUUAGAAACACACGUUUACAUGUAACUUGUGCAAGGCUAUUUUAAUACUGUCAAGAAAAGCAGGAAGAACGCAAGAAAAAACAUUUACGUCUAAUUAUUUUGACCGCUCUGCGCCACGUAGACAAUUAACACAGCAGCGGGACUUCAGUGUUUGUCCCUGAAAUACAGACAAAACAUUUCUAUCUGAAAGAAAAACACUGUAUUAGUUUAUUUGAGGCACAAAAUGUGCCCAACUUUCAAAGCUCCAGUUGUUCAGUACAUAAUCAGUUAGGACUGGUGAACACGGCAUUGAUAAGCUACUGUCGGGCUCUUAUGAAAACUCUUAUGAAAACUCUUAUGAAAACUUGUUUGUAUAAAUGUAUAAAGAUGCAUCAAACACACGGAUGUACUGAGACGUUUGCAGGGCAGAUUUCAAAAGUAAAGUAACUCCUCUAAUAUUAUUCUAUGGAUUAAUUUCCUUGUAUAUUCGCACAAUUGAUGGAACAAAGAAUAUAUUUUUAAACAAGGCUACAAGUCAAAAAGGGCUCAAACAUCAAAUCACAGCAAGAGAUUGAGGUAAAACAAACCUUCAGGUAACUUUUAUCGAGGCCGUUCAGAACAAUGACUUUCAGCUGAAACUUUAUUUCAAGAGAUAGAACCUGAGGAGGAUGCUGAACCAACCAAGUCUUUUGUUUUGGUGUUACAUCUUUGUUGUUCUCCCUGAUUCCAGAGGAGCAGCAGCUCGGCACCCCCCCAAUCAACACAAUGGAGCCUGAUUACUUCACAUUAUUUCCUCUUCAUUACUUUAGUGUGACCUUGGGUUUAAGUUUGCAGCUCUGUGGUUAACGGGGGGGAUUCAUUUGUUUUGAUGAUCGGUGAAUAGGGACGAAUCUGUCCUGCCAACAUAGUUUUCAGUCGAGAGAGGAGCAGUUAACGUCACAUUUGUGAUGUCGCUUGAAGAAAUGAGAGUUAUUAGAAGUUAUUUCUACAGCUACGUUAGACUCACAACAGCUCAGAUCGGCUCAACUGGGAUUUCAACCAAUAUCAACCUUUAUUACAAUGUUUGAGAAAAAUGAAAUCCUGAAUCCAAACCUUGAUCCGCAACGACCAUUAAAUGACUCAAAUCCUUUUUAGUAGUUUCUGCGUACUCUUGAUUACAAACCAUGAAAAGAUUUAAUUAAAAAACAGUAACCCAGAGUCAAUUAGUUGUUAUCUCUGAGUUAAAAUACUUGACUUUAAAACUGCAGUUUAUUUAAUAAUAGAACACGCACAGCCUAUAUCAACUCAGAAACCAGAUGAACUCAAAGGGUCAAUUCUGCUGUGACACUACUCAUUAGUAUGUUUUUGUCUUUUUUUAAAUCAGGCCUCAGAGACACGGAGACGAGACAGUGAUUGUAUGUGAAUCCCUCCAGGCUUUUAUUCUGAAAUCUGCACUGUAAACUCGUACAUAAAAAAGGUGUAACGAUGCAGGAGUUAAACUUUUGUCUCUUCAUGAAUAUGUCAUGAGCUAUGAAUGUGCCACGUGCAUCUCAGAUGAACUGUUUCUGUUAUCUUGUGUUUCUCUAUGAACGGUGUCGUGCUGUCGACACAGGGUCCGCGUGUCGUCUGCUGUAAAUAUGUUCUACUGAGUCUCAAGCUUAGAUUACAAGUGAUGAUGUGAAUCUCUGUGUCUGUGUAACUAUUUGGUAAAUUCUGCCGUGUGUUCAAAGGAGUUUUACAUUCUUUAAGUCUCUGCUGUUGGCGGCGUCUUACUUUUUAUUUUGUUUUUUUUUAAAAAAGGUGCACGUGUUAAAAAACGUGCGUCGAAAAGACGUAAGAAAAAAGAAACGUGAGCAACAUUAUCGGCUAAAUGUUUCAAACCACACUUUGGUACCUUGACAGAUCGAAGGGGUGCAACGUCAGGAACACCCUGGACUCUGGACUGGAUUAGUUAUUGAUUCAUAUUUAGGUUCUGAUCGAUCUGUACUGCUUCGUAAGGAAGAGGCCUUAUAUUAGGAAAAUGAGUUGCACAGAAUGAGGUCGUAUUCAGUGACAAGAAGCAACAGGGCGAUGACUUCAGUGGAGAGCUGCUCCAAAAAGAGCAAAUAGACUCGGGGAUGCAAGAAUAUAAAAAAAUGUAUAUCAACACAAACAGAUUUGAGUCAGAUUUUGUUUGCCAAACUGUGGGAGUGCUAAAUAAUGUGUCAUGCAUCAUGAAUGAUCCCCAAACAUCCAGCUGGAAGUUGACUGCUGCCAUAUGGUUGCUGUACAGUUAUCACAUAUUAAUCUCAAGUCCACUUUUCCACGAGUCAGCUUGAAAUGACCAACAGGAACAUCCAGUCAUACACAAAGGAUUCUUUACCUCGUACCACAAAGUACCGACACUGUGCCAAACUACGUAGCAUGUAUUUUAAAAGUGGCGUUCUGGAAACUAAAAAGGCAGUGAAGCCUUUUCUACACCGCUGGAUAUUUCUGAAACCCAUAAUUUAAAAAAAAAAAUCUCAAUAUCAACGACAACGAUCUGUCAAACAGGCCCGAAGGUAGAUACCAGAACAUCAGCGAGGCCUGUGAAUGUCAGUGACGCUUCAUCUAGCUUCUAACUUGUAAUCAGACACGGCAGUGGAGAAACAGAUAUGUUAUCGUCGUAGUUACCGAUCAGCAGCAAAUGUUAGAAAAACCCAUUGAAGCGUUUUGUGGUCCAGCAGCAGAUUGUAUCUGUGUGAGUUGCUGAGAGAAGUUCUGCUCUGAACUCACAAGCCGAGUCUGGAAAAUACUCCACAACCGGCACUAGAGAUGUGUCACCAGCAUCAGUUUGUGACAAGGUGUCUCCAAAGUGUCUCCACGUCCAGGUCAGUGGACACACCUACACCUGGUCUGUCAAAUCAAGUGGACUUCAUAUUUUGUCGUUGCACAAAAAAAACAAAACAAUUUCCCACUUUUUCCAAAUGGCUACUUCCUUUCUGCUGACUGGUGCAGAGCCGCAGGCGUUUCAAUCCCGCUGAGAUUCAUGUUCUCUGGAAUGAGUCACAAAACAGUCGCAGUAGUUUGAAUUUAAAGCACCGCACGGAUCACACAGCACAUUUCCAUCCGGGGACCUCCAAGAUAUUUACAGUUUCCCCAACACCCACCGCUCUUCACUCACACCCUUGUUCUUUGUGCUCAGAACUCAUUCUGCUAUGCAACGUCUCUGCGUCCGCCAACAGGGCCGUGACCUCCGCGGAGACGAGGGUUCGUGUCCCCAAUUCGAGUGCAGCUAUGUGACGUGUUAACAUUUUCGGCAGCGACUCUGAUUUGAUCCCUUUCUGCAGAGUUCACGUCCUCUGAAUACCGCUGCUCACUCAGGCUCGGAGUGUUGUAGUCUAUUAUUCGGGCAGAAUUUACCAUCCUGUGAAUUUCUGGUUGACUGACCAUCUGGAGACCUCGUUUACAUAUCCAGUUAUAAUUGGAUUUAAUUCCCCCUCCUGCCUCCGAACAUACUGAGUGCAUCUGUGAGGGUUGUGACGUCAGGCUGCAGAGCUGCGGGCCGCGGCUUAUCGCUGGGGUUUGAUGGCGUUUCACUGUAAUCUGCAUCGCUUCUGAAUAUUAAAUCUAAUGAACGCAUAAACAGACCCCUGACGAGAACACGAUUUAAUCCCCUGGAUCUGGACUUUUGUUUGGAUCUGCACCAAAUUACACACAAUUAUAAAAAUCACUCGCACAAUAAAUACGCCUCAUAUUUGGCAUCAAGAUCCAUGAAUUAUGUAAAUCUGUUUUUUGUUUUUUGUGUUAUCCUGCAAACAAACAAACAACAAACCGGAUUAGAUGGAUAAAUCGACCAUUUGGCGUAAAAAAUAUCCGGUUAUUUUACCAACUUCCUCAUUCCAUCAAAUGUGUCAAACUGCAUAAUUCAGUCUUUUAGUCUCAAAGCAACACUUUGCAACUUUUACUUUCCACAAGUGGUGAUUGAUUCUGUUGGUCUCUCACGGAACGCUGGAUAUUACCCAUGAUCCUCUGCUUCCUGACCCAGAAGAGCUGCAGCUGUAACAAAUCCACCAAACUCUGUUCAGAAUUCUUCAUGUUUUAACAGUUUCCUGCUGAAUAUUGGAGAUAAACUCUGGUUUUUUAAUAACGUCUGAGUCUUUUUAACUGAUCGACAGUUCAGCUCCACUCUUCGACUUGCUGGAGCUGAUUGUGACAGUUGAAGCUGUGACUCUCACGCUGCUUCCAGACACGACCUGAACUCCUGCAGAGCCUGUAUGUGAGAACACAAAUCUCCGAGUCAGUUGCUCAGUUGACAUCUUUCUGACAGCCCCUUGGUCAAACGUCAGAAUGAGCCCAUUUGAGAAUACAGCAGGAAGUCGUCUGGAAAAUUCACAGCGAGCGAGUGGGCGUAAAGCUUUUUUACGUCCACAUUGUCCUGUUGCAGCGUCUGACCCAGACUUUCUCCUGCUGCGUUUAUGCAAAAGGCAAAAUCACCGAGCAGACGCUCAGGGUGAGGAGUGGGAAAGAAAGAGGAAACAUUCUCCAUAUUCACAGUCACUCAACCAUCAGACUCGUUUUAAUCGAGCUGCUGUUUCAGGUCAGAAGGUUGCAUAGUGUUGCUUUAAUGCUCAAGACAUGUGCGUCGGUACUCGUCUAGUUUAAAAGGUUCAGGUCUGAGCUCUUCUCCCGACAUCAGCAUUUCCUACAACACAACUUCUAAAGCAAAGAGGAAUAAAAGUGACGAUAAGCAAAAGGUUCAUUUUCACGACAAACGUUUGAACAUCUUCACCCGUGUUCUCUUCAUUCUCUCACCGGGCUCUCGACGACCUUCUCAGAAGUGCUUGUGACCUUCACCACCACAACAGAGACACUCAGCACAAACCACAUGUUUAGCUGUGACACUUCAGUAUUGAAUGUAAUGAAUUUGUACUUUUUGUGCCUGUGGUGAAAAACACUUUUUGCUUCGUUCUUUUUUUAUUUAUUUUCUGAAGUAUGACUGACGUAUACUGUGAACUUUCCUUUCAGGGCCUCGAGACUCUCGGCACCUUUGUGUCGUCUGCAUGUGAAUAGCUCGUGUAACAGCAUGUCUGGUUUUGGUGUCUGCACCUAUAUGUUCUUAAAUGAUGUUAAAUGACGAGUUCAAAGAUUUAUUUGCUGGGACACAGAUUACAGAUAGUUUUUUUUAUGGAAAAUAACGACGUUAGCAGUGUCCUAUUUAAUUGUGAAGGGCUAUUCAUCACAUUAAAUCUAUUACCUCCGUGAUUGUCUGCACAAAAUACAUCUGCAAGGUUCAUAGAAAAGGUUCUGAGCCACUGCUUUGUGGCUUUACUGGUAUAAAGACUUUCCUGUGCACAUGAUGUCAAGUCAUUAAUUUGUACAAAAAGAGUGGAUGAGAGUUUAAUUAGAUUUUAAAAUGAUGAAAGCUGAGCCUCCUAUUUAUUAAAUCAUUUUUCCAAAAGCUUUUGCACCAAAUCUCUGAUACACUGUGGGAAAAAAAAACUUUGCCUGAUGGAAAUAAUUGGUACAUGAAUUAUAAUAUUAUAUUCACCUGAUAGAGGAAACACAAGUUUCUGACUUUAUUGAUAUUAUACAUGUAAAUCUGACUGCACGUCAACACAUGUCCUGCCUCAUUGGAGAAAGCAGCCCUCUGUUUAACAUAUUCAUUUUAAUAUAAUAUGUCGAAUUAUAUUAACAUUCAUAAUUUUUAACGCCACAAAACUUUGCAAUACAAACAAGAUUUAAUAACGUUAAUGAACUUUUUACUCUGAACACAAGGCAAAACCCAGCUUUCAUCUGUUACAGGAAUCUAACCAGUGAUGUGCAACAACAGUUUGUUAACCCGGUGUUGUGUUGAAGCCGUCUGCACUAAAGUGCGUCGACGAACUCGCUCCACAAAUUAAUAAGAGGGCUGCGUUUGUCUCAUAGGACCGUAAAUAAAAGAUGGACGACGUGGUCGCCACCAUCCUGGAUACGAACGCUGCCGUCUUGGGCCAAUGGUGACGCAGAACCGAUCGGGGGAUAGCGUCGCAAUACCGUGAACACGCUUAUACACGUUUGGCCCAUGUCCCGUCCACCAACAUGGAGGAGGUGGGAUUAUUGAGAUGCUUUGGCUUUCACGUCGUCCAUCUUGAUUCACAGUCUGUUUUUUCUACACAUUCAGAACGUGGCCUUGCUGUGUUUACUGACUUCAAAAUAAAAAAUAAAAAACGCCAUAAAAAAAGUCGUUACAACGAGCAGAGAACAUUUGGAGGAAGCCGUGACUUUGCGAUGAAAUGUAGACGUAACCAUGACGUCAGCAACACACAGCGACGUGUUGUUAUUCACGUGUAAUAAAAUAAAACUGAGAGGGGGGGGGGGCGACGCAGAGCGAAGCCGUUUCCUCCAACAGGCUCGUUGGGUUCCAGAGCAGGUCGGAGUCGAUUUUCAUACCUUAACUGGAUUUUUUUUAAAGUGUGUUAGUACUUUCAUUUUUUUGCUGGUGUUGCCAUUUAGAUAAUAAUAUAAUAACUUAGUCUUGGCAUUUUCAGCUUAAUGUUUCCUGCAAACUGAUUUAAAACAGCUCAAUAAUCCAAUUUCAAUUAAAAAUAUGAAUAGGAAACUAACCACAAACGAGUUUCUUCCACGGUCACAGUAAUAAUACUUAUUAAAAUCAUGUACACUGGAAUGUUAAUGGGACGAUUCAACAACAGCUUCAUAUAAAUGUUUUAUUAAGAAUAAAGGUCACCGCUCCGAUAAUCACAUCCAUCUUAAUGUCAGUGAAUAAUUCACCUGGGUCAUGUGGAGGCGGAAUAAAACAUAAUGUGCCCAGAGGAAACGCAUUCAAGCCAGAUCCUCUGUCGACCAAGUAGGAGGAGGACGACCCUGGAAAUGGAGAAUCUAUUAAUAUCUGGUUGCGACUUUGAGGAUGAGCAACUCUAUAAAACAUCUAUUCUUCAUUGAAAUGUCCUUCAGCGAUCACAAGUUUUACUCUUUAGCUUAUUGUGACGCUCAAGACGAGGACAAACAUGUUGUUUGGUGAUGAUGUGGAUGGUGACAGUUGUCCUGACGUGCGCUUUCCUUUCCUAAAAGUUACUUCUCUCAAGAUCUGUGAACCACUGAACUCCAUCUUGCUUGUUUUAAACUAAUACAGGGUUAUUCUGAGACACUUUUCUGAAUAUUUUAUGGAUGAGAAAAGAUGGGAAUUUGUCAUUUACCUCCACAGGGAGCAGAGGUAACAACGAGGCUGCGUCGGAUUCAACAUAGUCCAAUAAAAAACGUAAUUUCAACUCCAAUCAUGCACUGGGAAUUACCUUAUCUUAUUUAUAGUAAAUUGAUUAUUUCUUAUCAAAGCACAAACUGCCAAAACAGACCAGACGAGCAGUACAACCAAGAAACGUGUUUAUUUAGUUUUAUGGAUUUAGUGAUUUAUACUCUGGAGGAGCCAAACUGCCAAAACCAACCAAUCCAUUAAACAGGCCCACCUUACUGACUUAUGUUAAAGAGAAAUGAAUGAAUGUAGAAAUACAUAAACAUUUCAAAACCAGAGUUACAGCGCGAGUCACAAGAAUAAAUGCAAUUUAUCAAAUCUUAAAUCUGAUAAUUCUCAGCAAUGUAAUUAAGAGAAAAGAGCCAAAAAUCAAUAAAAGCCCCUUUAUCACCAAACUCUAUUCAAGUCUUUUAUUCAUAUAUUUAAAUAUUUAUUUCUGCAUCCAUUUAUGGAUUUUAUUGGGUCGGUGAUAAUACACUUUGGCAGUUUCGGUCCUCGACACCACACAGCCUGCACCGUAAGUGGAGAAUCUGUGGUUUCUGACGCCAUGUUUCAUGUUCUCUGACUUCCUAACUGCUUCAUUCUCCGUCUAACUGCAAAAGCUUGACGCUUGCCUUCCGUCUGUCUGCUCCGUGCACAUUCAGUGACCAGAAGAAGAGAGCCAGACUCUGCUUAGUGUCACAUUGAACCAAGUCUAACCCUCACAGACCUUGAUUCUUUUUACAUGAAUACUCUUUGUACUGUGACAGGAUUCAUUGUUUUCUAGAAGAAGAGGUGACAUCUCUUUUCGUUGCAAGUUAAACUCACGGCCGGAUGUGUUAAAGCUGAAUUCUGUGCCACUUUGUUUGAGUCCCGUGUGUGUUUCUAUGUUUCUGUUCCGAGGGGCCUUGACGCCAGAUUCCAACAGAGGCGUUAAUUCUUUGUGGAAGUCUUUCAUUCCUUCGGUGAACCACUCGUCCUUUGAGGCUGGCGGGGAGUCUGCAACAUUUAUUCAUGAUGUCGCACAAUUCUAAUGAGAAAUUGAACUCUGGCACCGCCGGGCAUUAUGGGUAUAAAAGUCACGCUCUGGCACAUUCAUCUACCAACUGCUCCCUAACACUCACACUUCAAAUAUUCAUCUGUUCAGUAAUUGGGUUUGUGUUUUUGCAGGAGCAGAGGCUGAGUAUCGUCUGGUCACUGAGUGUACACGUUCUGAAAAAUACCUUUUGUUUGGAUAUUGUGCAGAAAGUAUCGGCUCUAAAAGCUGUGGUUGUGUUUAUGCCUUUUGAAAAACUGUCGAGCUCAUUUCUGUCUUGAUAUUUCAAUGUGCCCAAACUGUGAGAGGGCGCGUUUGUGUCAUUGUGAACAGCAAAAAUGUCCGAACGGUCAUUAAUAAAGAUAUGGGUCUUAACUCAUUAACAAUAAAGUACUAAAAUCUC